CUGAACUAUCCCACGCCUUGGCAGCCAAGCAUUGCUGAGACUCAGAUGUUCCAAAUUGGACAGUUGCUGAUUGCAGCCCUGCCCGGCGAGUUCACCACGAUGGCUGGACGAAGAGUUCGCGAAAGCGUUCGUGAGACCUUUACUGGUGCGUUGAAAGCUGCAAAGCAGACGCCGGUGAAGGUGGUUCUGGCUGGCCUGUCCAACAUCUACACGGACUACAUCACAACUUAUGAAGAGUACCAGGUGAGUGCCCGGACCUAG